AUGGUAGGUCGCAAACGCCCUGCGACAAGGUCAAGCGCCCGUCGGGCUGCUUCUGCCGCCGAACCAACCGGUGGAGAGAUCUAUCUGGAUAUGCUCGCUGAAGCUGGCGUGAAUCCAAGAGUUCCGUCAUCACCAGAACGGCCAUUGAAACGGCGUCGCGCUACGCCUCAGAAACCAGUUGCAGAAGUCAGAAAGUCACUUGAACCUUCACCCAAGAAGCCUGAACCGCAAGCUGCAGUGAAGGAAAAUGAGGAAGAGGAUGAAGACGAGGACGAGGAUAUUGAGUUUGAAGAUGUCGCAUUACCACAACCUACCAUGCAGACCAUGGAAUUAGAGUCUGAUGACGAAGAUGACGACGAAGAUAUCAUGUUCGAAGAUGUGGACUUCACAGCACCUCUCCAAGAUAAGCCAGAAGAACCAACAUCGCUAGAACUCAACCUAUCAGCCCAGCAAUCAUCCACAGCGCAAGCAAAGAAGGCGGUAGAAAGGCGCAAACCAAUAAGUAAAGAAGAGCGCAAGAUCCGGACCGACAUUCACAAAGCGCAUAUACUAUGCCUGUUAGCUCAUGCAGCACGGCGCAAUCAUUGGUGCAACGAUGGCAGAGUUCAGGACUUCUUGAGACCUCAUUUGACCGACAAGACAGUCAACUAUCUAACGCCUGGUGCGCAUCUUCCACAGUUUGGGCGAACUGAGAGUCUGAAAACGGGUCUCAAAGAAGCCGAAAGUAUGUGGAAGACGAAAUAUGAAGUUAAUGAACGGGGUCUUCGACGAUCUCUCUGGGCGGAAGAUCCUAAACAGUUGGAAGACUAUGAGCCACCUGAUGAUAUGGAAAGCUGUUUAGACCGUGAUGAUUUUCGCGAAGCAGCAAAGAAGCUACAAGGCUCCAGGGAUGUCGGAGCUCAAUUGUAUUGCGCCUUGUUGCGCGGUGUUGGUGUACAAGCUCGACUUGUUUGCUCAUUACAGCCUUUGGCAUGUACAAAUUCAGCACCGACGAUGCCGAAACCAAAACAAAAGCCCAAGAAAGGACUGACGAAGGCCGAGAAGAACGAACAAGUAAAGGCUGCGCUGGCUAAGUACCAGGAAAUGGCUACUGCUGGGUAUGGUUCACCAUCUGGUGGUUCGACGGCACGUCGAAGGCUGGGCCACCCAAAUGCCACAGCAUAUAAUUUCACUCCAACGAUAUCACCUCCAAAACCACAACCUAUUUUUGAAACUCGGAAACGAAUAAAAGAGUCAGCAUACCCGGUAUACUGGGUCGAGAUUUUGGAUGUCGGACACCAAAAAUGGCAACCAGUAGAUGCAGUUGUCACGCAUACGUUCUGGAAGCCUAAAGCUUUGGAGCCUCCUAUUACCGAUAAAGAGAACUUUUUGUCUUAUGUGGUGGCAUUCGAUGCAGAUGGUACUGCGAGAGAUGUUACGAGGAGAUAUGCGAAAGCUUACACGGCAAAGACGAGAAGAGCAAGAGUUGAAACUGUUGCGGAGGAUGGCGAUGCAUGGUGGAGAAGGGUCAUGAAGCUCUACGGCAGAAGGCGGCGGACAGAUCUCGAUCAAAUUGAGGAUAACGAACUCGUGGGUAUCGAGGCUAGAGAGCCUAUGCCGCGGAAUGUGCAAGAUUUCAAAGACCACCCCGUUUUUGCUCUGGAACGACAUCUACGACGUAACGAGGUUCUUGUCCCAGGCGCUACACCAUCGGGAACCGUUGCAGCAGGCAGUCGAGGUCCACUCGAGAAGAUAUAUCGAAGAAGGGAUGUACGGAUAGCCAGAACAGCAGAUAAAUGGUACCGUUCCAUGGGACGAGAAGUAAAACCGUUAGAAAUACCGGUUAAAUGGCUGCCGAAGAAGGCCAAACCGAAGAAUCCCCUGGACGACGACCACGAAGAAGAUACCGAAGGAGAUGCGGGAACGCCGAUUUACACCGAAGAUCAGACCGAGCUCUACGAACCGCCUCCUGUCCGUAACGGUAUUGUUCCAAAGAAUAAAUUCGGCAACAUCGACGUCUACGUCCCAAGCAUGAUCCCAGCAGGCGGCGCACACAUAGUCCACGAACACGCCGCACGAGCAGCAUUCCUAGCAGGCGUCGACUACGCCCCCGCCCUAACAGGCUUCUCCUUCAAAGGACGCCACGGAACAGCUGUGUUAACAGGCGUCGUCGUCGCAAAAGAGCACGAAGAAGCUAUUCGAACUAUAAUAGACAGUCUGGGCGAUUUGGAGCAAGAGGUAGAGAAUGAGCGAAGACGACACCGUGCGCUGAAGACAUGGAGAAAGUUUUUGAUGGCGUUGCGUAUCAGGGAACAAAUUUGGAGUGGGGUUGAUGCUGAUGAGCGGAAGGCGGCUGAUGAUAAGGCUGCUAAGGAGGCACAGAUUGAUCAAGAGAUUGAGGACGCGCCGAGUGAUGUUACUGAAGAGUUUGAUAUGGCCGACGAUGAUGAUAUGGGUGGAGGUUUUAUCGUGGAUUAG